AUGAAACUAGUAGCCGCAAAAGCAGAAAAGGAAAAGCUUAAGAAAAUACAGCUGGAACUGAAAAAAGGAAAGCAGAGUAACAAGAGGAAUGAAGGAAGCAAAGAGAAAUUUAAAGGAAACAGAAAUCGAAAUCAAAAUCAACAAAGCGUGCUUUAUCUAAUGACACGAACAGUGACAGUGAGUGAUAUUGAUUGUCUUUUCUGCGGGGAUUUUGAUUCCAAGUUAAGGGAAAAUGAAGGAUGGAUAAAGUGUUCGGGCUGUUUACGAUGGGCACAUGAAGCUUGUGUUGGGUGUGAAGAAGGCAAUGACUUUAUUUGUGACGUUUAUAAAUAA